AUGGCCAAAUGUGAACCUUGUGAAAGAAAUUACAACAAUAUGGUCAAAAAGCUUGAGGACCUGAAUAAGGACUUAGAAAAACUCCUAGAAGAUAUGGAAAAACUAUCAGUGCAGGCUACCCGGAUGGCUUAUGAUAUGGUAGUGAUGCGUGCUAACCCAGACUUGGCCAACUCAAUGAGAUGGCUGGAAGAUGCCUUUCUCACAUGUAAGGAAGAGAUGGAAAAAAAUUGGCAAGAUAUGUUGAAAGAAACCAAAGGUGCUGAACAAAAAGAAUAAGUAAUAUUUAAACGCAAGCCUAAGAAGACUUGAUCUGAACUCACAUCACUUCUUUCAGUAUUUCUAAAUGUCUUGGAAAAUACAUUUUAAAGAGAUGUGUUGGAUGUGUCUCCUUAUCAAAUUUUCUGUUAGAAUGGGGGGAAAUACCAGUGUCUUCAUUUGCUCCUUCAUAUGUAGUGAUAACGUUUAUUUUCACUGAAGAUAGUAUCAAACAUUAAAAAUAUUAUCUAACUGUGUAUUAGUUUGUCUAUAAUCCUGUC